AUGGAUCUCCCAUCCACUCCUGCACACUUUCUUCUGGUGGUUUACAUAAUAUUGAACUGUGUUACACUUCUCUUCUAUGAUGAAUUGUUGAUACAAUACCAAAUAAAACCUGCUCUUCUUGAAGCAACUUCUAGGAACAGGAGAUCCACAGCCAUUUUUCUUGGCAAAUUAAUAACUGGGACAUGCAAAUUAUCUUGCAAUAUUCUGAUUGUGCGUUUAUCUAAAUUGGUGACAACAAUGCCAGCCAACUUGGGUAGUUGGUUUGGUCCUACUGUUAGCACCGUCAUAACUCCACUCAAAGAUGUUUUCCUCACACAUGCAAUGUAUUGCUUCAGCACUGGCAAAAAUGUGAGAGAUCAUGAUAGGGCUACUAAGACUUUGAUUGGCAUACAGAAGGGUAUUCAAGGCGAGAUCGAAGCUGGUAUCCAGAACGGGUUGAUAGGAACAAAUGAAGCAAAAUUUUGGCUGGAAAGGGCAAAUAAAGCUAUAUCUGAAGAACAGAGAAACCAUCAACGAUAUGACAGUAGAUGCAGAAUUUUUGCUUGUUGCUCCCUAAAUUGCUGGUCAAACUACAAAAUUGGUAAGAGAGCAGCUCAGAAGCUGCCUGAUGUGGAUGCAUGUAUCAAAAAUAUACCCAGGACUGUUACAGACAAUCAACCGCCACCUUUUGUCAUAGAUAUCCCUGUCCAAUUUGCUCAACUUCCAAGUCAUGAGAAGGUCCUCUUGGAUGCUCAGAAAUAUAUUGAUGAUGAUCGAGUCGGAAUGAUUGGAUUAUGGGGCCCAGAUGGAGUUGAGAACACAUAUCUUCUCAAGAAGAUCAACAAUUCCUUUGUUGGAGACUCUCCAUAUUUUGUUAUCUUUGUGACAGCCUCCAGAGAAUGCUCAGUACAGAAUAUUCAAGAUCAAAUCAUACAGCGGCUUGACAUAGGACAGGAUGAUGGUGUAUCAACUAAAACCACCAGCAUAGCUAAACUACUCAGGACAAGAAACUUUCUCGUGUUGGUGGAUGACCUUCAUGAGAAGCUAGAUCUUCUAGAAGUUGGCAUUCCAUAUCCUCUCGGAACUGUGGGUGAAUUCAAGAGGAAAGUGGUACUCACCUCACAAUCAGAAAUUGUACACAGUCGAAUGGGUGUGAAUGAAUAUAUAGAAGUGCCUGGUUUGGGAGAGACUGAAGCACUAGAGUUAUUUAAACACAAUUUUGAUCAGGAAGAUAUUUAUUAUGAUCCCCACAUCGGGCCCUUGGUGAAUGAUCUCAUAAAGGAACUAAAAGGUAUACCAUCAGACUUGAUAGAAUUUGGGAAGCAAAUGCAAGGUAAAAGAGGUCCAGAGCAAUGGGAAGAUGUCAUUCGUUCAGUAAAGAAAUGGAACCUUCAAAAGAAAGACCCAAGUUCAACAGGAAGGACUUUGAGAAAUCUGGAGGAUGCCACCAACAACUUGCUUGCGAGGAGCAAUGAUGUCCGUCUAAGGAUUGUGGCUGCUGAGCGACAGUGCAUGAGACCCACGAAUGAAGUGAACAGAUGGCUGGAAAAGGUUUCUGCGAUCAAUUCUGACAUACAAGUUAUCUUUGACGGCUACAAGUUGAAUAAAGAUGUUAUUGUGGAGGCAUCUGAGAAGCUUACUGAGGUCCAAGAAUGUCUCAGUGCUUGUCCCAAUAAAAACAAUAUUACAUUUGAGUAUGCGCCAGCACCUGCCCAAGAGAUACCUGGUCCAUCAAUGUCUGACAAGAACCGUAAUCUUCAAGAGGCUCUCCAGUUCAUUAAGAAUGACCCUGUGGGAAUGAUUGGAAUAUGGGGCCCAGGUGGAGUGGGGAAAACAUAUCUUCUGCGAAAUAUCAACAACUCAUUUGGGGACAUGUCCUUGCAUGUUAUUUUUGUGACGGCCUCAAGGGGUUGUUCAGUGAGGACGAUUCAAGGAGAUAUUCUAAAGAAGCUUGGAAUGGCAGAAUGUGGUGAUUUGGAAUCACAACGCCAACUCAUCUAUGAAUUCCUAGUUGUACUAUUGGAUGACCUUUGGGAGCAAAUUGAUCUACAAUCAGUUGGCGUACCAUAUCCCCUUGGAAAUGUAGAUCAGGUCAAGAGAAAAGUGGUGCUUACAACAAGAUUAAGAAAAGUUUGUGGUGAAAUGGAGGUGAGGAAAGAGUUAAAAGUCGCUUGUCUACAGGAGGAUGAUGCAUGGCAAUUAUUCACAGAGAAGGUUAGUCAGGAAACUCUGUCUUCAAGUCCUCGUAUCGAAGCCCUUGCAAAAGAACUAGUUAAAGAAUUGAAGGGCUUGCCAUUAGCUUUGAUAGUUAUCGGGAAGGCAAUGUAUCCAAAAACUGAUCCAAUUGAAUGGGAAUAUGCCAUCCAACAUAUGCAACGGUCAUGCUGUGACAAAGAUAAUCCCCUGUCCAUAGAAAAUGUUUUUGGACAACUCAAGUUUAGUUACGAUAAUAUACGGAAUGACACCUUGAGACAUUGUUUCUUAACUUGCGCACUGUGGCCAGAGAAUUGGGAGAUUAUUAAAGCUGAACUCGCUCAAUGCUGGAUAGGCUUAGGUCUAGUGGAUGAGUGUGAUAUUCAAAGUGCCUACACAAAGGCAUAUAGUCUAAUAGGCGACCUUAGAGAUGCAUGUCUGUUAGAGAACUGGAGAAAUUGGUAUGGUUUUGUUAAAGUGCACGAUGUUAUUCGUGAUAUGGCUUUAUGGAUCUCGUGUGGUUGUGGAGAGGCCAAUAACAAGUGGUUUGUCCGUGCCGAAGCUGGUGCAGAAGAAAAUAUUAGCAUCUCUUGGAGCAAACCUGAGUACAUUUCACUGAUGUUGAAUGGAAUGAAGAAACUUCCUCCCUUUAGAUUUGAUCAUCACCCCAUGAAAUUGAGGGUGUUAUGCCUUCAAAAUAAUUACUUUGAUGGAAGCAUAGCUGAAACGGUCAUGAAUUUCAGUUCACUAACAUAUCUGGAUUUGAGGACAAACCUUCUCAAGAACAUACCCGAAGAAUUAUGUUCCUUGGCAAACUUGGAGUACUUUGAUUUGUCACAUAAUCCCCACAUAUGCGAAUUGCCUUACUGCUUUCGAAAUCUCUCUAAACUCAAGUUCUUGUACCUGCUGUGCACUAGCGUACGAAGAAUACCAGAGGAGGUCAUAUCUAAUCUUAAAGCACUACAAGUAAUAGAGUUGAGGACUUGCCGAGCAUAUGUUGGAGGAGGGCCCGUCAACUUUAUCCCUAAAAUAUUUGAAGAGUUGGGUACCCUAGAUCACUUCAAAUCAGCUGGAAUUGACGCUGAUGGUUUUGAUGAGUAUGCAUCACUAAGAGAAGCUGCUAAACUCCCCAUUAGGUCUUUAAGAUUGGGGAGUCUCAGAGAAACACAUGAGUUCUGCCUCUCUGACAUUCUUUCAAUUAGAUUUGCACGCAGGACUUUGUAUGAACUGGAUAUUAUACAAAGUAACAUGGAGCAGAUAAUUGUAAGAGACGAGUCAAACUACUAUUUUGGUGCUCUGAAUAAGCUCCUCAUGUGGUUUUUGGUAAACUUGAGAGGGAUAGCAUGGCUGGGCAGAUCUCCAGCAUCCAUUUUUCCAAGACUCACUUGUUUGGAUGUGAAUAGCUGCUCCAAGCUAGAGAACCUCUCUUGGGUGAUGUACUUGCCUUGCCUUGAACAACUUGAGGCACGUUUCUGCAACAUUAUGAAGGAAGCGUUUCCUGGGACAGGGCACCAUGGUGAAAUAAUGAGCACCGAUCAAGAAAGUUCAAUGAAAUCAAACGGUACAUUUUCUUGCCUGAAAUAUCUGCGCCUUUCAGAUAACCCUAAGUUGAUCACCAUCUGCAAUCCCGAUGUGACGUUCCCGUCCCUGGAGCAGCUGGUGCUCACAAAAUCUCCAGAGUUGAUCAGGCUCCCUUUCCAGAUGCACAGCUUGCCGCUAAAGCUGCAGGAGCUACAGUUUGAUGAUGUUGAAUGCUGGGACAGAUUGGAAUGUGAAGAAGGUGUCAAAUCUUUCCUGCAACCCUCUCUUAAAUUUGGCUAUGUGAGUGAAAUACCAUGAUCAGCUCCUCUGUUCUGUACCGCCGUGCUUCCUCGCUGGGCACACUCUGUACACUAGCCACAGGGCAUCAUUUCCUACAGAAUGGAACUCUCCAGAGGAGGCAAUCUGAAGCCAGCGAUGCAACGAAGUCUAAAUUCUUAACCUCGAAAGCUCUAUCUGAAUCCAACGAUGCAGCAGCCAAGGACUAGAAUUCUGAAGCUCACGUAAACUUGACAUGGAAGAUGGGAGGAGCCGUGUUUUUAUUCAUGCUCCUGAGCGUGGUUUGUGUCUUAUUUUUCUGGUGGUUGGUCCGAUAUCUAAAACUCUCGUCGGAGAGUGGUACUCCCUCCGUUUCUAAAUACAAGUCCUUUUAGAGAUUCCACUAGAGGACUAUAUAUGAAACAAAACGAAUGAAUCUAUAUUCUAAUGUAUGUCUAUAUACAUCUGUAUGUAGUUUUCUAGUGAAAAACUUUAAAAAGACUUAUAUUUAGGAACGGAGGGAGCAUUAUUUAUGUUUACUAGUGGGCAAAGGCACGCCGCGCCCAUCAAAGCCUGUGUGUGUGCGUCUGUGUUCCUUUUUUAAUGAGGGAAACGGAUACAAUGUGUUUGAAAGCGAGCUAAUGGCGUGAAAGUAUCAGUAUAUUUAGGGAGUUCAUGCAGGUCCAUGUACUUUCUUAUUUGUAGAAACUCACGAGGUCAUGGCAACAUGCAAGGAAGUUAUUUUCAUAUGAAAGAGUGGUGUCAUCGCUAACUAUGUCAAGGAUCCAUACUACAUUGCUACCGGCAACGGGGAGGAGUUGGUUGUGCCAUUGGAAGUCUGGUAGUAUGUGAAGUAAAAUAGUGCUAGAGGUGUGUAUUUUAGAUCUUGGCUACGGUGUAUCUAUAUUUAUAGAUAGUUUUGUCAUUUCUAGUCAAUCACCGGCUUGAUAAUUGAUCUUGGUCAUUGAUAUUUGUUUUUAUUUGUUUAUGCACAUAACAGGACUAUGUACAUCCGUACAUACAAGGGAAGAGUUUUAUUAGCAAGAGAUCAUGGAGAAACUUUACUGCCAA